CCUUUGCUUUUCCUCCUCGUUUUCUUGCGGGUCGCAAACUUUUCCCGUUCUUUCUCGGGAAAACCGAAGCGAAAAGAAAAGUUCAUACACUUAGAGAGGGAAAGAGAGUUCCCCAUGGAAAUCACGAAAGCUGAUUGCGGCGGCUAAGAGAUGCACCAAUUCGCCUCGCGCCUCCGCUUUAACGAAUACGGCAACCAGGGAACAAGCAACACCAAAACUCACAUGUCGAACACCGACAAGAAACUGCCCUCGGAGCUCGGCGAAGAAGAAGAAGGAGAAGAUAGAUCUCUCUCGGCGUUCUCGGAAUCCGCGGGCGUGGAUCGGUGAGAUUUCAGUUUCUGGUGUGGAUCGAGCUGCUUUACUCGCCUCGCGGAGAGAGAGAGGGAGGGAGAGGGAGUGCUUUCGGUUGUGGAACUGAUGGAGGAGGUGGAGAGCUCGGGUUCGAGUCCCCUGUCGGUCGGUGAUCGGAAGGCGAAGAAGGAAUCGGUUCGAGUGAAGAGAGAGACGUUGCAGGCCGUGCUCGAGCAGUGCCAGCGAGCUCUCGAGUUGCUCAGCAACGGCGAGGUCGAGGAGGACGGCGAUGAGGGUGUCGGCGUCGGUGAUGGCGAUGGGUCCUUCCCUGAUGUUGAGCCGGGUGGCGAUGGCUUAGCGACUCCGCGCAGUGAUUGUGAAGCCGAUGAGCUGUGUGAUCUUCUCAAAUCUAGAGUUGAAUGCCCAGACUUCCUCGAAAAGCUAGAGUGCGCUCAAGUGUCAAUUCCUUGUAAUGCUGCCGGUAUACAAGAUGAAGGUGGCGCCUGGGAUAUUGUCAGUCACAAUGAUCUGUGGGAAGGUGAAAACAUGGAUCCUAGUGAACAGGAUUAUGUCGUUGUGAGACAAGAAGAUAUUGUAGAAGGUAUAGCAGGCUUUAUGGCUGCCUACCUCCUGUCCCUUAAACAGACAAAGGAGUUGACUCCUAACCAACUCCAGGAAGCUCUUUGCAAGACAUUCUCGGUAAAAAAUAAAAAAGGAAAGCUUCGGAAGGCAUGGGAUGGGAGCAGAGUUAUUUAUAAUGUAGCAUCGUGGGGAGCAACUGCAAUUGGGAUAUAUCAGAACCCUGUUAUUCUUCAGGCUGCCUCAAAAGCUUUCUGGGCAUCCUGUGAUGUUAUCUCGAAGCUUCUCUGACGUGGAUGCUCCUUCAGGUGGGGAGUUAAGGCAUUAGGGUUGUCGGUCCUUGUUGCUGCCGAGGCAAGCUUGGUGUUCCGAAUGUUUGUGCCGUGGUGAUGUCAUUCUUUAUUGCGUGCAGAUCAGAUCAAUUGCAUAGCCUGAUCUACUCUUUGUAAAUAUGGACUUUCUUAUUGGAAUUCACGUUGAUUAGUGGGAUUA